AUGUUUUUAGACGGUUUUGUGAGAGUAGUAACAAUACAAGUCAAGAAAAGUAGGGAAGCACGAACAAUUAUAAAUAGUAAUUGGUUGACUCUACGAUCAGAACCAGUAGGUCGCUCAAAAUUGCCAUUUUCCGACAAAAGUCUAAAGUCGCAAAAACGAGAUGUAUUGAAAUUUUCUAGGGAAAAUGAACACGAUUCCAGUUUAAUUGAAGAUGUAAUAUCCAGAAUUACCAUAGGCAAACAGUUCUUGAAAGAAGCCGAAGGUUCACAAGAUUCCAGUAUUUUUUCAACUAUGCUUAUACCACUAAGACUGACUACGAGUAACUUAACUCCUCAGUCGCUAAGAUUUUGUAGAUCAAUCAAACUUCAAUAUGCGAAAGAAACCAAGGAACAUAUCAUGAAUGAAAAAAAUAACUUGGGGAAGAAAAUUCAAAAUCUUAAACCAUUUGAUUUCACAGUAAAUGGAUGUCAAGUAAUAGUUGAUUUUCAUCUCUGUCUUACAUUAAUUGAUGCUAAAUUUUUUACUAUCACCGACUUCAUGUCCGAUAUAUUUAGACCUAAAGAAAGUCCACUUCAUUAA